CUGGUGCGCGAGACGGAGGCGGCGCUCAAGUCGCUGUCCGGCUCGUGGCCCGGCCCGCGGGCCUCGUUCUACGGGCCUCCCGCAGACCCGCCGCCUGCCUUCGAGAACCUGUUCGAGGAGAAGAAGGUCGAGCAGCACCAGCUGGCGUCUCCGGAACAUACUGAGGACAUCAAGCCGCACAUCGCUGCCCAGCACUCACCGCAGCAGCAGGACGUAAAGCCAGUGCUGCUGCCGUCCACGGGCGAGAUCGUCAAAGAUCCUGCACACUUGACUCCAUCAGUGAAAGCCAACGGCGCUGGCUCCAGCGGGGGUGGAGAUUUGGAGAACCUGCUGAAGAUCGAGAACGAGUGUGCGAGCGCCCAGUCCAAGGUGGGCACAGCGACGGCCGGUAGCGACACGACAGGACCAAAGUUCUCGCAGCCCCGCUACGAGCCAGACUUCAACGAACUGGUCGAUGAUUCGUCAAACGAGCUGGAAAUCGACAUGUCAGACCCGUCAGCGACCGCCGGGGCCAGCGGCAGCGUAACGGCGCAAGGCGACGUUAAGGAACGGGCGGUUCCCAAAGCGGUGGAUGCGCAGCAUCAGCCGACGGCGUCCCCGGCCUCCGUUACGUCCGCUUUCAGCCCCAGCAACUCGGCGGCAACUUCAGCAUUUCGCACUCCUACCACAACAAAGGUGCCUCCACCGUUGGACCCUCUGGGCCCGUUCCCCGCAGCUGCCACAUUCGUGGGCUACCCCGGUGCGAGCGCGGGCCCCGAGUCCAAGCCGGGCAAGCCGGGGGCCGCUGAUCUCCUGAAGGCGGUUUCGCAAGCGCCUGGGUCCGGCGGUGGCCUGCCCAGCAAAGCAGCGCACCAUUACACCGUGCUCAAGGGCGGCGCUGCCACCGGGGCUGUUAACGGCACGGCCGCCGCCUGCCAUGACGCCAAGCAGUACACUGUGCUGCAGCCCGCGGGCGCCGGCCAAGACGUCGUGGUCAGCGUAGAGCCAGCUAAGCCGCUGCCGUCGCCGCCCGCCAGGACAGAGGGUAGCCGCUGUCCUACGCCUGGUUGCACGGGGCAAGGUCACGUCACUGGACUCUACUCGCACCAUCGCAGCUUAUCCGGAUGCCCAAGAAAAGACAAGGUGACACCUGAAAUUGGCGGCACCACGUGCCCACCAGAAUUCGGCUUCAACUGUGGGACUGGUGGCAGCGUUACUGGGAAUCCUGGUCCGAAAACAGAGGGGGCUCCAAACAAAUCUUGCUACGGAAGCAGUGACACCCAGCAACAGCAGCAGCAGCAACAACAACAACAGCAGCAGCAGCAGCCACCGCCGCCGCCACAGCAGCAGCAGCAGCAGCAGCAAUUCUACAAGAAGCCCAAAUCACCUGAGUCGGCCAUCGCUGCUGGCGGUCGCCUCAUACCAAAGUCUGAAGUAGUGUCGGCUGCCAGUUGCUGUUCGGUGACCCUGAAAGUCGAGGCGGGUGCCGGGAGUAACUCGGAGCCCUACCUCAGCCACGACUCCAACUCGUCGUCAGUGUCGAGCAUGGAGCCGCCGCCCCCGCAGCAGCCGGGCCCGCCGCCCAUGGGCUACGGCAUCGGCUACGAACCGCUGCCUCCGCCGCCGCCUCCGGUGGCGUCCGCCGAGGAGCUGUACGGGCGGUACGCGGGGCGGCCGGGCGGCGGGCCGGGACCGGUGCCGGCGCAGUACAUCGGCCAGGGCUCCCCCUACGAUCCCGCAGCGGCCGCCGCUGCCGCAGCCGCUGCAGCCGCCGCAGCCGCCGGCUACGACCAGCAGCGCUACCCGCAGCUCUACGCCACGCCUACCACCUACCAGGAUGACUACCAGCAGCAUCCGCAGGAGCAGCUGCCGCUGCUGAAGACGGAACCGGUGACAGAGCCGCUGUACCCGCGUCCCAUGUACCACUUCGAUCCCAACGGCGGGGCGCUGCCGCCCGGCUUCUCCUCGGCCAUCAACCUGUCCGUCAAGUGUGUAGCGGCAGGCCAGCUCAAGGGCAACACCUCACCCGGCGGCUCCGUCAUGGACCUGUCCACGUCGAGCGUCACCUCCACCAGCCCCCAGGGCCCGGCAUACGGAGCCAGCAGCCUGAGCCCGCACUACGCCGGUCCGCGGGGCUCUAGCCCGCAGGCGGCGACCAGUCCACACCUCUCCGCCAGUCCGCACGUGCCCAGCCCGCAGGGACAGACUCUGGACCUCAGCGUCAGCAGGGUUCCCGCGAGCGGAGCGCCCAGCCCCAUGUACCCAGGCGGCGCCUACCUGACGGCGGCUGCGACGGCGGCCGCAGCGGCUGCGGCAGCGGCAGCGCCCCCGCGCGACGAACAGACGGAGCCGGUGGACUUCUCGACAGCUAACGAACCCGUCAACUUCAGCCGCGGGCCCGUUUUCCCCGCCGGCGCAGCCGCCUACAGCCGCGAGUCCACGCCCGACAGCGGCUCCCACUACCUCGACUCCUACCGCGAACACGCCAACGGGUACGCGAGUCCCCACCCAGGCUACGCGAUGCAGCAGGCGGAGUACCCGCCCGCGGCCAACAGCUACGCCGCCUACUCGUACUCGUGCGCCAGCGGCUACCCGGGGGGCGGCUACGCGGCGCCCGUCUCCUCCGGCUACUCGCCCGCUGCGCCCUGCUACGCCAUGCCGCCCCCGCAGCCGCCGCAGCCGCCCCUCGACAAGCCUAUCAAGGAGGAAGGCCUGUCCGGUUGUCCGCGUGCCGACCGGUCACAAAUCCAGGCGCACUCACAAGAGCUGAAGUGCCCGACACCGGGGUGCGACGGCUCAGGUCAUGCCACCGGUAACUACUCGUCGCACCGUUCGCUGUCGGGCUGCCCACGCGCCAACAAGCCCAAAAGCAAGCCGCGCGACGGUCAGGACUCCGAACCACUCAGGUGCCCCAUCCCCGGCUGCGACGGCUCCGGACACGCCACCGGCAAGUUCCUGUCGCACAGGAGCGCGUCGGGCUGCCCCAUCGCCAACCGCAACAAGCUGCGCGUGCUCGAGUCUUCGUCCUCGUCGUCUGCAGCGGUGGCCGGCGUCUGCGGCGGAGGCGGCGGGUUCGAGGGCAGUGGUUCGUCCUCUUGCCCGGCCCCCGCCUACGACGGUCCCGGUCACACCGACGGUUCCUCCUUCCUCGCGCACCAUCGAGCCACGCUGUCCAGCUGCCCCCUGACUGUUGCCGCCCCCGGAACGGGCACCCAUCACCCGCCACCCCCCGUUCCAGCCCCGGGGACUGCGGCCGCUGCAGCAGCUGCUGCUGCAGUUGCCGCAGCCGCCGUUGCAGGACCACCGGCGCUCGUCAAGAAGGCACACAAGUUCACCGAGGAGCUGUACUCCAAGGCGCCUGCAGAUAUUCAGUAUUUUAACAAUCCAACAUGUGGAAGGCAGCACACUUCUAAUGCAGCAUCGUUUAAUAUUGGAAGUAUAGAAGGCCCUGUCAAUGCAGUGGGUUCUGGCAGUGAAGACCUGGUGACAUUAGAAGCAGAGAUCACAGAAUUGCAGCGUGAAAAUGCUCGUGUUGAGUCACAGAUGCUCCGUCUACGCACUGAUAUAACAGCCAUGGAAGCACACCUUCGUCAUGGAGAAAAGGAGAACCAGAUGAUUAGCCAACGCAACAACAAUCUAAAUGAAUACUACGAAAACCUUCGAAAUAAUGUUAUUACUUUACUGGAGCAUGUGAGAUUACCUGGUGGAGGUAGUGGACAACCAGGAAUUGGACCUGCUCCUGGAGAAAAGUUGGUUCAUGAUAAUUUUGACAGCUACCUCAGUAAGCUUCAGACCCUAUGUACUUCCGAUGGUUACUGUGAUGCCGAAGGUAAUCGACCAUUGUAUGAAACUGUGAAAUCUGCUCUACAAGACUUUACUGUACUGCCUACACCCAUCUGAAUUUAACAAACAAAUUAAUAUGAUCUGCAGGUUGAUGCUGAGAAAAUUGAGUAUUGAUCCUACCAUUUACGGAUAAUGUGUGAGUCAGUUGGCAUUAUCGUGAAAUAGUGCUGUGAAUGAAUUAGUAUGCAGUGAUCUUAGUAUGUAUUUGACUCAACAGUAGUGUCUUUGACACUAGAUACUUGGGUUGUUACCCAUGCUACCGUUUUUAAUGGUUAUCAGCUAAUUUUGUGCAUCUAUGCUGGUGUGACUACUUGUGUCUGAACCUGUGAUCCCCGACCUGCAAGUGCAUCUGUGCAAUUGAUUGUAGGCAUAAAAUAUCAACGAAUUCAACUGUGUUGUGAUUAAUAGUUUAUACAGACUUGUAAGUAUUGUAAUCCUCAAUGCUAUAGGUCAGUGUUGUAAUAGAUCGUUUUCUUUGGGAGAUGUCUGUAUUAACACCACUCUUAAAUGCUACAAUGAAGACAAAUGUGGUAUAUGCAGCAAUGGAUUUAAUUAAAAAUUAAAUUAUUUCACAUUUCUGAGUGGUUUACUCAUGUUUCCAAAAACUAUGUCCAAUGUAGAUGAAUUUGCCAUUCAUGUGUGACAGUUGAUUUUGUUGAUUGUCCUUGGAUGUGAAUUCACUAGAGUGACAUUCUACUCCAUUGAAAAUAAAUAACACGUUGUUGUGUAUCCUAUGUAGAAUAAAUAUUCUGUUUGUUAGAGCAAAAAAAGAAAAGUGUUAUUUACAAGUAUUACAUGAUCAUUGUACAAGACUAUUUUUGUGCACAUCCCUUCAAGUUUUAUGAUUUCUUGUGUAAGACUACAACAGUCAAUACUUUAUUACCAUAAGCAAAAAGUUUCAAUGGAAAUACAGGGCAAUAUAUUGACACUACAGUAAUGAUAUUUUCUAUGAGGUAUAUUUGUCCUCUCCUAUAACUGGAUAUGACAUCAUGGUGCUAGAUGAUGGUGUUGCAGUCAUGAAUGACAUCUGAUACAUUUUUUGCAAUUGUCUUAAGUGAAGAAUAAAGAAUAUUGUUUGUUUAUGCCUCAACAGAUAGCUUGUUAGACUGAUGUGUUUUUGUUUGUUGUUGUAUUAUUGAUUUUUGUUAAUGCCAUUUAAGCAGAAGUUGCUGUUUAUGCCAACAUAAUGGCAGCUACAAAUAUUUAUCCCUAUUAAAUGUUAUUAAAGCCUUAUAUGUAAUCUUCUGUGAAAGAAAUACUUUCCAUUUUCAUUUAUAUGUACUUAGUGUGUAUUUAUUUUUUGAAAUCUGAAAAAUACACCAAAUUUUUCUAAAGUUCAACUGUAACAUGAGAAUGACAAGAAAAUUUGGAACUACAUAAGAGUGUGCAAUGCAUGUAACGUGAUUACAAAGUAAAUACUGUAUUAGGCAAUAUCUCAGUGUUCUGUAAAUUAUUCUGCUUGUUAUUUGUCUACACUAGGAUUGGUUAACUUAUGAAAUUUGUAAAACAAAAAUUAAAUCAGACAAAGCUGUGCUCUAAGCUGAAAUUACACAUAUAAUUAUUUGCAUUUAUGUUACCUUCCUGUGUAAUGCAUAGUCCAUAAUGCUGUUUCUUUUAAACUGGACGGAUAGGUACUCCAGGAUAAAAAACUUCUUGUUUCAAAUGCCUGCAUUCUAUGAAUUGUGAAUUUUCCAAGGAGUUUGACAAUUCAUUAAGCACUUUAAAUCUAAUACAGUACUUACCAAGAAUAUAAUUUUAAUGCUUUAACAAAAAAUGAUAUUAAAUUUAUUUUUUGUUCAUGUAAACAAAAUAAAAAUAAAUUGUCUAGAUGUUUUUUAAGAAACAAUUGCUACUCAUGAUGUCAAUCACUGGAUUAAAACUGAACCUGUGCAGUUUACCAAUUUUAGGUAAAGAACAAUCAGUAUGGCCUUUUGCCAUGUGCUGAAAGCUCAAAAGUUAUUAGAAGUUAGAGACAAGGUUUUAACCACUGGGAAAUAACAUGUACAUAGGAUACCAAGAGAGUAUCAAUAAAACAAUCAUCUUUCUGCAUGUUUAUAUUGCAGCUUGUGUAAAAGAUGAUGGAUGUUUAGGUAACAGCACAAGUCAAUGCAUAUUUUCUGGUCAUUUUAUUUUGUAUUUUUGUAAUGCUAUGAAAAAAUGUUGAUAUACUGCUUUGUAGCCUCAAAAAACUAAAAUCAAGACACUCACAAAGAGAAAUAUUUAAUUCAGUUGACCUUCAUUAGGUUCUCCAACAGGUGUUGUACAAGCAUUUGCAGCUGCUUCUGAAAUGUCAUGAUGUGAUGAUAGUUUUAUAUACAUAUUAAUAUUUUAGUAUCACUUCAUAUGUAUUAUGUAUUGUCAAAAUAUAUUACUGUUAUGAUGUACACUGUUAUCUCAGACCCUUAUUCAUAAACACGGCUCAUUAACCAUUGGAGCAACUGCAAAUGCCAUAGCUGCAGCACAUAACAAAUUAGUCUGUCUCCAGGUGUAAUAUAGAAUUCAUUAACUAUCAUCAGUGUAUAGUAUAUAUGUGUUAAUGAUGUUAAAUCAAAGGUAAUAAAAAAGUCAUGAAAAAUAGUUUAAGUUCA